CACGAAGGCGGCGGCGGCGGCGCGGAGGAUGCUGCGGGGCCCAGGGACGCGGAAGCCGCCAAGAAGGGGAGCGCGGCCAGGAAGGCUUCGGGCAGGCACGGCAAGGGCGGCGCCGGGGAGCCCGGCAAGAAGAAGAGCAAGUCGGACUCCAGGGGCUCCGUGUUUUCCAACCUCAGGAUCAGGAAGAACCUGUCCAGGGGGAAAGGCUCCGGCGGCUCCCGCGAGAAUGUGCUGGACGCCCAGGCCCUGCAGACCGGCGAGCUGGACAGCGCUCCCUCCCUGGUCACCAAGACGCCCGACCUCAGCCUCUCGGCGGACGACACGGGCCUGUCGGACACCGAGGGCGCCGACCCUUUUGAGGGGACCCGUGCAGGUGGCCCUGAGCCGGUGGAGGCUGGGGUCGGGGGCCGGGCGAUCGCCGAGGAUUUGGAAACUGCGGCAGGGGCGCAGGAUGGACAAAGGACCAGUUCGGGCUCGGACACGGACAUCUAUAGCUUCCACUCGGCCACGGAGCAGGAGGACCUGCUCUCGGACAUCCAGCAGGCGAUCCGCCUGCAGCACCUCCAGGGCGCCCAGGAGCCUGCGGGGCUCCCCACCACCCCCUCCCCGCAGCCCGGGGCCUUCCUGGGCCUGGACCGGUUCCUGCUGGGGCCGAGCGGCGCGGCGGGGGAGAAAGUGUCUUGCAUCAUCCAGGCUAGUGGCAAAAAGUCUGCUGCCAGCAUGGGAGGGGUCGGUAUUGGUACUUUCUCUUCCUACUUGGACCCUGUGGUCUCCAGCAAAUGGAGAAAGAGCCAGAUCUCCAUGUUAGCACCAGAUAGGCACCACAGCUCUGCAUCUCGUCUACAAGAGGUGACUUUGCUGGUCAACGCUCUUCCCUUCCCAGGGUUGCUGCUUUUGCCUGCCUCCCUGUCACCUCCUCCCUGCUGUCCCAUCGCCGUGCCUGGGAAUGCAUGUCACCCGCUGUCAUUUCCUAGCUCAAUAGUAGUGACUCACUGCUCCCUAGGAAGGAGGAUUUCCAGUGAAAUCCCAAAGGCUGGGCCCUUCAGAUGGGAGAUGCACGCUCAUCACAUGGCCCACCCAGUGUGGGGGCAGGAGGUAUUUGGGGGGAUGCGAGAGAACACCAGAGCUGCCCUGUCCCCUGUGGUGGCCCAGGCCUGGGGCUGCAGAGUCGCCUGUGAGUUCGAGAGGCCGCCUUCUGCGCAGCCAGUAGCCUCGGCAACGGUGUUGCUCGCCGGCUGUGUUUACCUGUCCCCUGUCCCCUGGGGACCCAUCGGGCUGCCUCUAACGGCUGUUUCCUCGGCAGGGCGGACGCUGCUGGAGAAGCUGUUCAGCCAGCAGGAGCACGGGCCCCCAGAAGAGGCCGAGAAGUUCUGCUCACGGAUCAUCGCCAUGGGCCUCCUCCUGCCCUUCAGCGACUGCUUCCGGGAGCCGUGUCCCCAGCGCGCCCAGCCGGGCUCGGCUCCGUUUGAUCAAGAUCAACUUUACACCUGGGCUGCCGUUAGCCAGCCCACACACUCCCUGGAUUACACAGAAGGGCAGUUUCCCAGGCGAGUCCCAUCUGUGUGGUCACCAUCCCGCCCUUCUGAUGAAGAACACAGGCCCAAGGACGCUGAGCCAGAACCUCAGUCUGCUGUUUUGGAAACUCUGAAAAAUUGUUCAGAUGCGGUUCAGCAGGAAGCUUCAGACGUCGGGGCCGAGGGACAGGCCACUGUGAUCCAGCAGCUGGAGCAGACCAUCGAGGACCUGAGGACCAAAAUAGCCGAGCUGGAGAGGCAGUGCCCGGCCGCGGGCCUGGAGGCGGCCGGCGCCCGUCUGGGGGUUCAGAAUGGAGAGGCGCCCUCGGAGGACCUCAGUCUCGAAGCGCCCGGGUCGGGAGACGAGCUCGGGCGGCACCCACGGACCGUGCAGACGCUGGCCAUGCAGACGCGGACCGUGCAGACGCGGGCCGUGCAGACGCGGGAGCGCGCGGGCAGGCGGCCGCCGGUGGAGCCGGGCCGGCCCAUGAAGCCGCUGUACUGGACGCGCAUCCAGCUGCACGCCAGAAGAGACGCCAGUGCUUCACUUAUUUGGGAAAAAAUUGAAGAGCCAUCCAUAGACUGUCACGAAUUUGAGGAACUCUUUUCUAAAACGGCUGUAAAAGAGAGGAAGAAACCUAUUUCUGACACCAUCACAAAGACCAAGGCUAAACAAGUUGUCAAGUUAUUAAGCAACAAAAGAUCACAAGCAGUUGGGAUAUUAAUGUCCAGCCUUCACUUAGAUAUGAAAGACAUACAACAUGCUGUUGUGAACUUGGACAAUUCUGUGGUUGAUCUGGAGACUCUUCAAGCUCUCUAUGAGAAUAGGGCACAGUCCGAUGAACUGGAAAAAAUUGAAAAGCAUGGCCGGUCCUCCAAAGACAAAGAAAAUGCCAAGUCUCUGGACAAGCCCGAACAGUUCCUUUACGAGCUGUCGCUGAUCCCCAACUUCUCCGAGCGGGUCUUCUGCAUCCUGUUCCAGUCCACGUUUUCAGAAAGCAUCUGCUCGAUUCGCCGCAAGCUGGAGCUUCUACAGAGGCUGUGCGAGACGUUAAAAAAUGGCCCAGGGGUGAUGCAGGUGCUGGGUUUGGUUCUGGCCUUUGGCAACUAUAUGAAUGGUGGAAAUAAGACUCGGGGGCAGGCAGAUGGCUUUGGAUUGGACAUUCUUCCGAAGCUGAAAGAUGUCAAAAGCAGUGACAAUAGCAGAAGCCUUUUGUCGUAUAUCGUUUCCUAUUACCUUCGGAAUUUUGACGAGGAUGCGGGAAAAGAGCAGUGUGUCUUUCCGUUGCCGGAGCCCCAGGACCUGUUUCAGGCUUCCCAGAUGAAGUUUGAGGAUUUUCAGAAAGAUCUCAGAAAGCUAAAGAAAGACCUGAAAGCCUGCGAGCUGGAAGCGGGGAAGGUGUACCAGGUCUCCUCAGAAGAGCACAUCCAGCCUUUCAAGGAAAACAUGGAGCGAUUUAUUAUCCAAGCUAAAAUUGACCAAGAUGCAGAGGAGAAUUCACUAACAGAGACUCAUAAAUGCUUUUUGGAGACCACAGCCUAUUUCUUCAUGAAGCCAAAACUUGGAGAGAAAGAGGUGUCCCCAAAUGUUUUUUUCAGUAUCUGGCAUGAAUUCAGCUCUGACUUUAAAGACUUUUGGAAGAAAGAGAACAAACUUAUUCUACAGGAGAGAGUAAAAGAAGCCGAAGAAGUAUGUAGGCAGAAAAAGGGGAAAUCACUUUAUAAAAUAAAACCAAGGCAUGACUCUGGAAUUAAAGCAAAGAUAAGCAUGAAAACCUGAACAAAGAAAAGCGGAAUGAAAAUGAGUCACUCUCUAGCCACUGACACAACAUUCAGCCGACCUGAAGGAGGGAAGGAAGCCACAUCAUGUCGUUGUCAGCAUUUUCCUUCUUGACCCCUUGCGUAGCCCCUGUGUUUUCUAGACAGUUCACUGGUUGUUGAGUUUGAAAUGCAAAAGCAGUAACCAGUGGAGAAUUUGGCACCUGUUCCUUCUGUAAAAGUCUGUGGCGUUGCACCGACAAACCGAAACGGCAAGUGUAGGAGGCAGUGUCUGCAUUAAUUCUGAACAUGCUAGGCGUUAACCUAAAAUUUACUUUCGGGAGAAUAUUCCUUGUACAGCAAAACCCCUUUCUACUGACAACCAGCACUCCACAUUACCGCGUUUAGAUGGAUGGCUCAAAUGUCAUUUCUGGUGAACUGUAUCAGUUUCCCAUCCACGAAAACAUUUUCUGUUGUAAAAUUUAUGUACCAUUUAUAUAUCAUAAUUAAGGCUUUCCCAACUCUUUGAGUUGCCCUCCAUAAAUAUAUAUUUGUGAAAGAAGAUUAUCAUAUUUUUACUUGUCAGAAAAUGAAAAAAUAUAACAGAAGGCAACCCCUUCCUUAUAAAUCAUUUAAUAGAAGCAGGAACCAGAGUUUUAUUUAUUGAGGGCUUUUAUCAGACUGGCCUUGGAGACCCAACAUAAAGCUAAUCUGUAGCAGGAGGAAACAAAGCUGAAGGUGUGCCUCUCUAUAACUGUGCCAUUGCCUUUCACAAAGGAAAUAUGACUCAACAUUUUGAAGGAAUUUAAAUAAAUGAUGCUCAUAAAAUUACCAAACAUGACCAGCUGUUGGAUUGGCAUCUGCCGAGAACCUGUUAAUGAAACAUACCUGCCGGAGCAUUGUGACAUAAUUGGGGCUGUCUCCAUGCGCUGUGGCGGGUGCUUAAAAGCUGGAGUAUGCAAUGAUUCAUGAUCUGAUGGAACCUAGGAAAGGAUUUUCUUUUAUAUUGAAAGGAAAAAAACAAAUCUCCUACUCUUCUCAGAGCACUCACUGUCAGCUUCUGAUGCAUCGUAAUGGUUUUGUCUAACAUCAUUAAGUGCGGUUUGUAAAAAUUAUUUUAAUGAUAUUUGCUGGGGGUUAUGGUUGUAGAUAAAGGAGAGAAUUUAUUGCUAUUGCAAGCCAAUUAUGGAAAGCAACUUAAAAAGAGAAUGUUCUGACUCAUAACUAAGUUUGUAUUUAUGUAAAGUACGGUCUCUUACCUCUUAGUUUGUUGUUUAAGUGCAGAGAAACGGUAGUGGUUUCUUUGGUUGUAGUUUUGUAGUCUUCCUGUCUCCUUUACUCCUUCCAGUGUGUAUAUUAAUAUUCUUCAAAGAAAACAUAGGGCAUUUAACACAGAUCGCUAUGUGCAAUACUGUAUUUAGUGUUUCUAUUUCAAUUUUUUAGGAUGUUAAUUUAUAUGAAAAUAAAAAUGAGUAAUAAAAGA